UUGAAAAUGGCACACGUUCCAAUUUUUGUGUUGGUUUUCAGUGGGAAGAGAAAAUCAGGCAAAGACUUCGUUUCUGAUCGGCUUCAACAGAAAGUUGGUCAAGGAAAAUGUGCUAUCCUACGGUUAUCUGGACCUCUGAAGGAACAAUAUGCAAAGGAACAUGGCCUGGACUUUGAGAAGCUGCUUGAUGCAACAGAUUACAAGGAGAAGUACAGAGAGGAUAUGAUACGAUGGGGAGAAGCAAAACGAAAUGAGGAUCCGUCGUACUUCUGCUCUCUAACAACUGAAAGAGAAAAGAGACCUGUGUGGAUAAUCAGUGAUGCGAGGAGACUAACAGACAUGGAGUAUUUCAAGACAAAGUUUGGUGAGAAAGUUAUCGCGGUUCGAGUGGUUGCCAGUUCAGAUAUACGACAGAAAAGAGGAUGGCUUUUUACUGAAGGUGUUGAUGAUGCAGAGUCAGAAUGUGGAUUGGACGCUUUUGAUCAUGAUGUUGUGAUAGAGAACAAUAGUGAUCUCAGCAGCAUAGAUGGACAGCUCAAAGAACUGGUCUCCAAGGUUGAAAUGAGGCUGGGAGGAGUUUCGUAGUUGGACAAUGAGAAUAUUUUGUAUCUGCCCUGGUGCUAGACUAGUCAAAUUGAACAUUGUAGAAUGAAAUAUACAAUCGAAAUGAUAAAUGAGAAGUAAAGACAAAUAAGUUUAGGCAUCUAGAUUAAUGUCCGGUCCCAUCUAUAUUAAUUUUUAAAGGUACAACGGCCGGGGAGGCCGCCUAUUCCUGUUCUGUCUUUAAUCAUGUUAAAAGGUACAUUGGUCAUGGACGCAUCCUCAGUCCUGUCUUUAAUCAUGUUAAAAUGUUCAUCAUGGAGGCCUUCCAAUCCAGACCUGUAUUUAUCCAUGAUCAAAGGUACAAUGGUCAUGGAGGCCUCCCAGUCCAGUCCUGUAUUUUUUCAUGUUGAAAGGUUCAACAAUCAGGGAGGCCUCUUGUUCCAGUCCAAUCCUAUUAAAAGGUACAAAAGUCAGCAGGCCUCCUAUUCCAGCCGUCAAGGAAUGACCAUGAUGUUUUCGACAUUGAUUGAUGUUGCAGGUUCUGUUUUGUCAUAUGUAGUUGAUUGUGAUUGUGAUAUUUUUGGUGUUAA